AAUAACGGUCAGCUGUUGAUUUGUUUGGCGCCAAGUCGAGUUCGAAAUUGGCCCCAAUUCGAGUCCUGCGAUUCGGGCCAAAUAUUGAUUUUCUCACAGUGCUGACAUAAUUUCCUCGCCAUCGAGUGCAGUCGUGUUUACCUAGCGUGCUACGCCUAAGAUUGGCCAAACGGAGUAAAAAUUUCGGUCGGAGCGUAACGGAAAAAGGCGACAAGAUUGCACACCUACUGGAAAACCCACUGCAUCAAGGCAACGGUGGAACGGCGGACCGUCUGGGCGUGGACUUCGAGUUCUACAUGGCCUCGAAGGUGCAUCCAAGCCCGGGGGCGGCGCGCAGUGUGUGGGCCUUGCCCCUAACCGCCUCCUCCUCCUGCAACAUGGUCGUCGCGGAGGAGGAUGGCCAUGCCCACGCCGACGACAUCCAUUUAGAUCAUCGACCGCAUUCGCCGCCAUUAACGGGUCGCGGCACGGACGGUGGACACGGCAGUGGCGGCGUCGAGGACCACGAAAAUGUGCUCCUCUUUGAGGGGCUAGAUGGGGCCACCACCGUAAGUCUGGACGACAUCUUCGAUAUUAUCAAGAACGGAGAGGUCAGCGAGGUGGAGAAUCUCGUGGACAAGUUCGGCAUGGAGUGUCUGUCGGCCAGGGAUCGUCAUGGCUACACGCCAGCCCACUGGAUAGCUCUAAACGGCAAUGUCCAGCUGAUGCGGUACCUCAUCGAACGCACGGCUCCGAUCGAUCUGCCCUGUUUGGGUACGCAGGGUCCACGGCCCAUUCACUGGGCGUGCAGGAAGGGUCAUGCGUCCGUGGUGCAGGUCCUCCUCCAGGCGGGAGUUGCCGUCAAUGCGGCGGACUUCAAGGGACUGACACCGCUCCAUCUGGCCUGCAUGUACGGUCGUACUGCGACGGCAGCCUAUCUUCUUGGAAUGGGAGCGCUGAACAACCUAACUGACAUAAACGGCGAUACGGCACUCCACUGGGCGGCGUACAAGGGACAUGCCGAUCUUAUGCGACUGCUCAUGUACUCCGGCGUGGAACUUCAGAAGACGGACAACUUUGGAUCGACUCCACUGCAUCUGGCUUGCCUGUCUGGUAACAUGACGUGCGUUCGCCUGCUGUGCGAGAAGUCCCAGCUGGAUCUGGAACCAAGGGACAAGAAUGGAAAGACGCCGAUCAUGUUGGCACAGGCUCAUCAGCACCAGGAUGUGGUGCGUCUGCUGUACGGCGAGGUGAAGAAGAAGUCCCGAUGGAUUCCCUCGGUCUCGGAAAGUUGGGGCUGGCUAUUUGGCGGAGCUGGAGACUCCAAGGGACCACUGUUUCUGUUUCUCUUCUCGGUGCUGCUUUGGGGCUAUCCCAUGUACAUGAUCCGUGCGAUUCCCAUUACGUGGAACAUAUUGAGGCGCUCGCACUAUUGCUUCAUAUACUGGAACGCUGUGAUGUGGAUAAGCUGGGCCAUUGCCAAUCGCCGAGAUCCGGGGUACAUACCACUCAGUUCGGAUGCCUACUACCGGGCCAUCAAGCAGAUCCCGUACUUCGACAAGCUGAAGAAGCGGAAUGUGAUGCUAACCCGGCUAUGUCACAGCUGCAGGUGCCUUCGGCCGCUGCGAGCCAAACACUGUCGCGUGUGCAACCGUUGUGUCUCGUACUUUGACCACCACUGUCCCUUUAUCUACAACUGCGUGGGCCUGAGGAACAGAAUGUGGUUCUUCCUGUUCGUCCUCUCGGUGGCCGUCAACUGCUCGUUCACCAUCUACUUUGCCUGCUACUGCGUGAUGAUCGAGGGCUUCACGAUGCUCUAUGUGCUGGGACUCAUCGAGGCUGUUGUGUUCUGCGGAUUGGGUUGGAUACUCACGUGUACUUCGAUCCUGCAUGCCUGCAUGAACCUCACCACAAACGAGAUGUUCAACUACAAGCGGUAUCCUUACUUGCGGGACAAACGCGGACGCUACCAGAAUCCCUUCUCGCGUGGUCCCAUACUGAAUUUGCUCGAAUUCUUCGUCUGCCUGCCGGAUCGGGGCGAUGACAACGAUCUCCUGCUGGAGGAUAACAUUUGAUUAAGGAUCUAGGAUCGAGCCCCUGCUCGCCGGCGCAAGCUGCCCGUGCGUGGAUAAUGUUGCGAGGAGGCAGCCAGAGACCCACUCGGGUAGGCUGCCCGUUUGGUUUUGCUCCGCACGCUUACUGCUUACUCGAAUGCUUUAAAGUUCGAACCAAAGGUCGUCAAGUGCGUGUUUUAUCAUUUACAAUUGCAAUCAACAUAUCCUUGCGGAAGGACAAAUCGGUAGCAAAUUCAAAGUGCAAUUAAGAGCAUUAAUAAGUCACAUUGCUAAGAUUCCAUUAUUGUUUACGGCUCCAAAUCAAUUCCUUCCGCAAUGGUGUUCAAAGCAUCGGCCAGCCGU